UAGACGUCAGCAUUUCCCCAAUACUCGCUCACCCACCAAGGAGCCCACCCACCACACAACAAUCAGCCGCUCCCGGCCACACUCCUGCCGCCCUCGGUGCUCGCGGCGGCGACGGCGAUAAUGGAAUCCCUGGGCGUCCUGCUGCUGCACCCCAUGAACGCCUACCUGGAGCAGGAGCUCGAUCGCCGCUUCCGCCUCCUCCGCCUUUGGGAGUCCCCGCCCGACAGCCGCGCCGACUUCCUCCGCGCCAAUGCAUCCGCCAUCCGCGCCGUCGUCGGGAACGCCGGCUACAACGCCGACGCGGCCCUCAUCGACGCCCUCCCGUCCCUCGAGAUCGUCGCGUCCUUCUCCGUCGGAAUCGACCGCGUUGACCUCGCCAAGUGCCGCGAGCGCGGGAUCCGCGUCACCAACACCCCGGACGUCCUCACCGACGACGUCGCCGACCUCGCCGUCGGCCUCGCCAUCGCCGCGCUCCGCAGGAUCCCGCAGGCCGACCGCUAUGUUCGCGCUGGCUUGUGGAAGGCCAAGGGCGACUACACACUCACCACUCGGUUCAGUGGUAAAAGAGUUGGUAUUCUUGGGCUUGGCAGGAUAGGCUUAGCUAUAGCAAAAAGAGCUGAGGCAUUUGGUUGCUCAAUCAGCUACCAUUCAAGAUCAGAGAAGCCAUUUCCAAACUACAGGUUCUUUACAAAUGUUGUUGACCUGGCAGCCAAUUGUGACGUGCUUGUUGUAGCAUGCUCGCUUAAUGCAGAGACCCAUCAUAUUGUCAGUCGUAAGGUCAUGGUUGCACUAGGACCGGAGGGUGUGCUCAUAAACAUUGGCCGUGGAGCACACGUGGAUGAACCAGAGCUUGUGUCUGCUCUUCUUGCGAAACAGUUGGGAGCAGCAGGCCUUGAUGUUUUUGAGCACGAGCCCUUUGCUCCAGAGCAACUUUUUGGUUUAGAUAAUGUUGUUUUGGUCCCUCAUAUAGGAAGUGAUACAGAAGAGACAUGCAUGGCAAUGGCUGAUCUGGUUCUAAAGAAUUUGGAGGCACAUGCUUUGAAUAAGCCCUUACUCACCCCAGUCAUCUGAUUGUUACUGGGAUUCUGGGAUGUGUUAAACGUGCACACUCUGUAACCCAAACUCUUAGUUUGCUAUGUCUAGUUUAUCACCGCAGCAUCAUCCCGGCAUGUUAUUCUUUCUGUAAGACAUCAUGUUAUGGCUGCUAUGCAAUACCCAUGAUAAAUAAGACAUCAUGCUAUGCUACAUAUUUUCAGAGAUA